AUGUCUUGGGCUGCUUUCGACGUGGAUGGAGAGGGCAACCUUGAAGUGAAUGCCACUGGUGGCCGACCUCCGUCGUUGGGAACGAUCCUGAUCAUGCAGCAGGUUCAAAAGGUUUUAGUUCAGAAAGAAACUGAAGAUGCCAUGGAGGCCGAGUCAAGCCAUUCUCUGACCACCCAGGACACCACCAACAAGAACGAAGAGAAGCUUGGCAAAGCCAUCGCCCAAGAAGUCAUCGAAGAAGUCCAAGAAAGGAGACCUUCUGCCAGUCUGAAGCGUCCUGCGUCUUCGAUCAAUGAGGCUAUCACCAAGAUGCAGAGGGGAAUCUCCAAAGCUGUUGAAAAUGGAGCUGAUGAGAUCUCCGAGGAUCAAGGCAGAGACAAGGCCAAGGGCCAAAAGUUCACCAAAAUGAGAAGCUUUCUCCCUGACCACGUUCUGGAUUUGUUCAAACGAGAGUCAACGAAAGCUAGCUCGCCCCGCCAGUACAAGACCAUGAUCAUCAACAAGCUUUUCGUCAGGGAUGCUUCAGGGAAGUUGGUUCUCAACUUGGAGGACGAGCUCUUCCAGGAGCAUAAGAAAAUUUACUCCAAAAAGUUUGCCCGCGAGGAGGAGUCCGCCAUGCCCGAAUUGGUUAUGCGUGGUUUGUAUUUCGCAAACAGUGAGUCUGCGAUGGAGGAAGCAAAGAAACGUGGUGAAAUCAUUCCUGUCGACUGUGGCAACGACAAGGAGCAUGCCAAAUUGCUGGCGGAAGCCUUCAAGCAUGCUUCCUGGUCGUGGAAGUAUCAGGACGGUGACGUUGCCAAGCUGGCGGACGGCCAGAUCCCACCUGCAAUCUUGAAGCUUGUGACCCAGGCCACGGAGUCGCAGCAAAAUCUUGCAAAGGAGGCCAAGACCAUCAUCAAGAAUUGGAAGGGCACCAAAAGUGAUGAGAGGCUGGCUAAGCUCAAGAAGGGCCAUGCCGCUUGCGACUCCAAUCUGGCAAAGUUGACGCACAUGAAGGAGUUCCAUGAGUUGCCAGAUGACAUGGAGCCCACGAAGUCCAAUUGGUUACUUUUGUCUUUGUUCAGUUGGGGCGAGAUGUCUCCCCAACUUGUCCAAAAAAAUGCAAGCGCAGCCUUCGAAGAUGCCCAGGGGCUACAACCGAUUGGUCAUUCCAUUAUCCAUGCACGGCGAUGGGGUACCAAUCACUGGAGUUGGCAAAUCGUGGUGUCAGCAGAUGACGACCUUUUCGUGGAGCUCACCCUCAAGAUCAGAUCUUUGUCCGACAGUGGUGAAGAUCCUUCAGUUUGGCUGCGUGAGUUCAAUAGCAACAUUUUGACUUCUGCGAGAGAUCGCUUCGGCCAUGGAUGCCGUGACCUCACUCAAAAAAUUCUGGACUUGCAACUGUCCAAUCGCCUGGCUUGGAAGUAUGGAUUGGCAAGCGAAGUUGUGCAAGUGAAGGUGGUCAAUAGCUGUGCUGAGGUCGUGCUUUUUGGUGGGUUGCCUCGUGCCAUUUUGCGUGCAGUUACUGAUGCCUUGCCGUGCUUUUUGGUGUACUCCUUCGUGCCAUUUUGUGUGCUCCAGCGGAAUGCGGAGGCUAACUUUCGUGGCCCCGAAGCGGGGCAGUGCAUCAUCCGCUGCGUUGUCACAAAGCAGAUGUCUUCUGCCAUCAUUGGGCCCAAAGGAAACAACGCGCGCGCGAUUCGUGAGGAAUCCUCGUGCAAAGUAGCAAUCGACACCAACGUUACUUCAGGUCAUCAGCAAGUGAAACUCAUUGGUGAACCGCGCAACCUGACCCUCGCGCUGGCCAUGGUAAACCGACAUAUACAAGAUCAAUUUGGCACGCCUGGCUACACAGAAUGGUCCACAAUUAAGGGCUUUGACAGAGCAGGGAAUCCUGUGCAUUGCUCCCCAGGGGAGCUCAGCACCUCGUGGAUCAAAGGAGAUCGGGGAGAUCAGUGGAGUGAGUGGGAGGAAGAGCGCGAGCGCACGCCCAGAAGGCCUCCGAUGCCAGCAGCGCCACCACCAGGCAGAUGUUUUUUGUUCCUGAUGGCGCCGGUGGCCUUUGCGUACUAUGAGGUGUGUGCCCAGCGAAUGAUGGAGGAGCUGCCGGAGGAAGACAAGUUGGAGAUGUCCUUUAUUCAAGAUUACUUUACUGACUUUGUUUUUGAAGGCACAAAAGCGCAAGUUUUGAGAUCCUUCAAUUUGAGGCUGGCAAUGGAGAUGCUUGAUCAGAGGGUCAAGACUCACUUGGCCAAGACGGCAGAGUACUUCCAGAGAAUGGGAGGGGGGAAUGCCCAGUGUUCAGGUGAUGGGCAGCUGGUGCUCUUGCACAGUGGCAAUUAUUCAGUUGUGCAAUUGCACAAGAGGAGAAAGCUGUUGAUGGAGUCAGACAUGGCAAGUGCUGACAAGCACCAGGGCAGUUGCAGUUCGAAGCCAGUGGGGGCAGAUAGCCUGGAUGACGAAGAGGCAAGAAGUGGCCCCAUCGUGGAGAAAAUCGACACAAAGAAGGCACUCUACUUGCUGGCUCUUGUGGACAUCAAAGCAGCCGAGGGGGAGCUGGAGAUCAUCAAGGAAGCUCGGGGCCAUGUCCGAAACCUUGAAGGGUUCGCCUUGUACAACAUCAAGACAUCCAUUGGGCACUUGACGAACACCUUGAAAAAGAGCGAGCCAGUGUCAGAAGUGGUGGAGCCAGUGCCAGCGGUGCUCAGCCACCCUGAUAUCGAGCAAGUGCUGUUUGAGAUCCUUCGCAAGCCGCACAACUUGAUCAGGGCUGUUGGGGAGAUGCGCCACGACAUGGAGCACAUCGGUGCCAUGAACAUCUGGGUUGGUUCAAUUGCCAGUGUGCACAAGAUCUGGCAGUUUGAGCUCAAGUACUCAACUCCAGGGACUGCAUGUGCUGAAACUUGCAAUGGUUUGAUGUUGUAA